AUGAUAACGGACGUUACGAGCACUAAACGGCCCGUGGAAUCACGCAAGUGCAUUGUUGUAAUGUGUGCGGAUACGCGUUAUCAUGUUGUUAGAACUGCUGCCGUAUCGCUUGGUUGGCACGUGGAGGACGGGGAACGUGAUGAUGUACCCUCCUCCUUUCAUGGGAUUUCACUAAAUAAAGAUAUGAAUUCCCUUAGUGAAACAAUUUCUCUUCUCGGCGCCAAGUGUAAUGCGGCUCUAAAUCCUCAGAUAAUUUGGCUGGACAAAAGCGUUUUAUCGUCCCGUGUCGCUGCGUUAUCGUGCUUCCAUCGCGUCAAUCACUUCCCAGGCAUGCAUGUGAUUGCACGUAAAGCUACCUUGUUUAAGCGGCUCAUGCGUAUCCGCCGCCAACACGAUCUGUCGCCAACGUUAAGGCGUUCACUUGACGCGUUUCCAUGGAGUUUUUCCCCUUCCACAGAGUUACUUCAACUUGAGAGGUUUAUUAGCGAUGGACGUGAAGGGGAAAUCUUUAUACUUAAACCAAAUAAAGGAUGUGAGGGGAAGGGUAUAAUCAUUACAGCGGAACCUCUACAUGUUGUGGAGAGGAUGACAGAUGAGGAAAGAAAUGAGUGCCUCGUACAACAGUACGUGCCGCAUCCCCUUUGUAUUGACCGUAAGAAGUUUGAUUUGCGUAUUUAUGUCCUCGUGACGUCUGUUGUUGUCGGUAAGCCGCCUCGAAAAGGGUUCCGCGGUGCAGCUCCGCCAAAAGAAACGCAUGGUGGAUCUUCUUUUCCUCUAAAUGGGCUUCAGUUGUUUGUUCAUAAGGAGGGUUUGGUGCGUAUCUGCACAGAAGACUAUGCGACCCCCAACGCAAGCAACUGUAAAAGACAGGGCAUGCAUUUAACCAAUUACGCUGUUAAUAAGCGGGCUCAAGGGUUUUCGGUUGGUGAUGUUUUGAAUACAGAUGAUAGUAGCAGUAAUGGGAUUUGUGAAGGAAACAAGCGAGACUUCAAGUUUUUGGAGCAUUACAUCAAUGGCCUUGUUGGGUGCAAAUCCGAUACAACUGAAGAUGAUGUUUCCGGCGGCGAAACCACAUCACGCUGGGAACGUGUCUUGCACCGAAUCGACAGAUGUAUUUUACUGACGGUACUUUCCGGAUUGGAGAAUUUGCGGCGAGAGUUUAUUGGAACAGGAGCUUCACGUGGUUCACGAAGCGACGGUCGUAACUGCUUUGAGUUACUUGGAGUUGACAUUUUGUUAACGGAGGAUUUAAAGCCUGUUCUUAUGGAGGUAAAUCAUUCCCCUUCCCUAUUUUGCGACUCCGAUUUUGACUUUCGAACAAAACACCGCGUACUGAUGGAUGUAUUUCGUUUGCUAGAACCAUAUGUGCCUUCGCUUGAGAAUUGUAAUGAUGCGGCGUAUGCAACACUUCAGGAGUCCAUAACUGCGGGAGGUAACAUGUCUUCGACGGGGUUUCGACAAAUAUCUCCUUUACGCGUGGGUGGUGAUGACUGGGCGGAUGAAGAAAUGCAAAUGUUUGAGGAAAUGCUUCGUCAUGCAAACGGGUUGAGGUAA